UGUAGAUAACAGUGAACACAUCCAAGGUUGAUCACAGCAAAUUCUUCAGACUAGGCGUUUUAGUUUUUACGAUAAAUUUAUUGUCGAGAAAAUGAAAGUAUUACUGAUCUCUGUUGUACUUCUUCUUUGUUCGCUGGACUCUUUGGCAGUUUAUCGUAAACUUUUCUACCACUAUGGAGAACGGACUGGCGAUCGAUUUUUAAAUAGGGGUGACGUGGAAAGCGUUGAAAUGUACCUGAAUUCACCAAUCAGUUUCUACAACAACCUUCAUUAUACAGUAUAUAUAAAUACAGAUGGUGUGUUAACUUUUACUCCAGGUCUACAAGGAUAUCCUCCAUAUCCAUUUGGUGUAUCAUUUCAAGAAACCAACAUAAAACUCAUUGCUCCCUUUUUAACAGAUUUGGAUAACAGUGAUGAAGAAAACACUGGUAACAUAUGGUAUCGUGAAACAGCUGAAAAUGAUCCACUACAUGAACGUGCUAAUAAAGAAAUACAAAGACUCACUGGUCAACAUUUCCAGACAUCUAGUUUACUCAUAGUUACUUGGGAAGAUAUAGCAAUGCAUCACAAACAAGGUAUAUCACAGUUAACAAGUUUUCAAGUGGUAUUAGCCAAUGAUGGUAGCAGUACAUAUGCUAUAUAUUUAUACGAUGAUGAAAAUCAAAGCUCAGAGAUAAAUGUAGAAUACUGGCCACUGAGUGGUUUCUAUGCUGGAGACAAGUCUCGAUACUAUAACGUGCCUGUAUCUGACGUAAAAGAUGUUUACCUUCUCAAUAGAUAUUCCAAUGUAAACACAUUAGGAUUUUGGAUGUGGCAGAUUGGUAUGGAAGAUAUGGGUAAUAGUAAUAUUGUGGAACCAACAAAUACAGACAUCUCAUCUGGUGAUGGGGAUUCAGUUCAACCAAGUACACAUGAUAAUAUUAAUCCACCAGAACCUGAUAUUGCUGGUAAAGAGUUUAGCCUUAUUACAUUGUGA